AUGCGACCGGAAUUGCAUACCAUUGUGUAUCAAACAGUGCUGGACUCGGCACCCUUUGAGGGUGAGACAAACAAAUCUGGGACUGGGCAGAACGAAGAUGACGACUCGACUUCGUAUACUAGCACUACUGAUUUGUCGGCUUCCGAGAGCGAGAGUGACUCAUCAGAUGAGGAGGAAGAAGAGGAAGAUGAAAGCAGUGAAGAUGAAGAUGUGAAGAAUGAUAAGAAACUCAUAAAAGCCCAACCAAGCAGUGGUAGAGGCGACCAAAAGGCUGACUCCGACGAGGAUACGGAUUCGCGAGAUGAAAGCUCGAGUGAGAUAGAUUCAGAGGAAGACGAUGAAAGCGAGGAAUCCUCUGAAUGUGAUGAUAUUUUCAGGAAACCAAUCAGAAUGGAAUCUCCAAUUCGUUCCCCUCCUACUGGGGUGAAGCGUCGAGCAGUUGCCGCUCGAGUGAAUAUACCUGCUCGAUACGGAGAAUCGGAUGCAUAA